AUGGCGGCGCCCAUGAGCGAGUGUCGUAGGCGGCUUGAGAGUAUGGAUCCCUCCGUUCUCCCGGGUGGGGCGGCUCCGUAUGGGAACUUCCCCGAUUAUUCUCACUUCCACCCGCCGGAGGGACGCGUUCGCCUCCUUCCUCCCGCGCUGCUGAGCCAGUUAUUCCCAAAUCAACAUAGGAGACCGCUUCUGGGUCUGGACGUAGGAUGCAACUCGGGGGAGCUCAGCAUCGCCCUCUACAGACACCUUCUUGGACUGCAGGACAACAGAAGCAGCCCAGAGGGUUCCAUGGCUGAAACGGACCUAAGACUCCUUUGCUGUGACAUCGAUAAUGAGCUGAUCGAGCGAGCCAAGCAGAGAAGCCCUUUCCCUGCCUCUGUUUCUUAUGUCACCCUUGAUAUCAUGGACCCCAAUACAAGGGAGCCUCUGCUGCACUCCUAUUUGAGCAAAUUUGGACACUCUACUUUUGACAUUUGCUUCUGCAUGUCUGUGACCAUGUGGAUCCACCUGAAUCACGGGGACAGUGGCCUGGUGACAUUCUUGUCCUGUCUUGCCUCCAAGUGCACAUACUUGCUAGUGGAACCACAGCCGUGGAAGUGCUACCGAGCAGCUGCCCGACGUUUGCGGAAGCUGGGCAGGAAUGACUUCGACCACUUUCGCUCGCUCACCAUCACCGGAGACAUGGCGGAGAAGAUAACUGAAAUCUUGACCAAAGACUGUGCCAUGGAGCUUGUGUGUUGCUUUGGGAGCACCAACUGGGACAGGAGACUUUUGCUUUUUAAAUCAAGUAGGCUGAAUACUUGUGGCGAUUAAAGACCUGUCAUUGUUUGUAUCACAUCAGAGAGAAGGCAGCAAGUUAUUGGCAGGAUGGUCUGCUGCUGGCGUGUUAACUUUCAUAUGUUUAUUUUAAGGUUGCAUCAGUUGAAUGCUGCUUUUCAUCUUGCUGUGCUUGGGAGCAAAGACAUGUAUGUGUCUGAUCUUUUUAGAAGGCAUAUUCAUGGUACAGUGCCAGUAACCCCUUAGGGUGAUGAUGGGUGAGGGUUGAGUGGGCAAGUUGAUGGGACAGUUGUGGGAUCCUUCAGUGAAGAAACUUCAGCUUCACUGAUGAAGCAGUAAAGGGAAGAUGGAGGCCCUUUGGACAGCAAGCUGUAUGCUGAAAGCUAGUGGAAGUUUUGGCUAACCUUGGAAAGCUGCAUUUGGGUUGAAGGCACGGUGCCAGGAAAGAGUUUUAAUAUUUUGCUGGGGUGCCAAAAAUGCUCCUGUUUCUUUGAAUAUGUUACGUGUGUCUCCUCAUUAUUUAAAAUAGCUUUUUUCAUGUUUUUUUUCUUCUCUUUGAAACAGUCGUCACUGUUGCUCCUUUAUUGCAUCCGUUGCAAAAAGCAGAAGACCAAAUAUACUGUGCUGGGAGAACUAGAGUUGACUCACAAAUAUUACAUUCACUAAGGGGAAAGAGAAUAUUGGCUGAAAUGCAUCAUCACAUUCAUAUGUUUGUUUCUCCAGCAAAGCAGUACAUCUUUUUUCUUCUUGUGUCUCUUUUUUCACACACACCCAUCCCCCAGUCUGUCCUAACCUUUGACUGUUCUACUCCCACUUUGUUCUCCCCAUGUUCCAGUUUGUGUUUAAAGUGUGUUUUAAAAUGAACAAAAGAAACUCCUUAUGUAUUCUGAAUGAACUUUCUGCUGUUAGAUAAAAAUGUGAUUUUGUGUGUGUGAGAAAAUGAAAGUAACGCAUUCAGAGGACAUAAUAAAUUCUAGCUUGAUGACCCCCUCUGUUAAUUGUGAUUCCUGAAUGCAGGCAGUCCAGUAAACCAGGGAAGGUUGGUUGGCAUCAACCUAGAAUUUCUAACCAGGGUUUGUAGUGACUGUCCUACCAAUCAAAGAUCUUGUCUGAUGGGCAUGCAAGAGAGCGCCAUUUUGGUGGCAGCCCCAUGAUUACGGAACAACCUCCCCAGGGAGGUGUGCCUGCCCCCCCCCCUCAUUUUUAAAUUUUUAUUUAUUGCAGUCCCAAUUGAGAGAGGCAGUGCGGUGUAGUGGUUAAGAGUGUCAGACCAGAAUCUGGGAGACUCAGGUCCAAAUCCUCACUCUGCCACAGAAGCUAGCUGGAUGACCUUGGGCCAAUCACACACACUCAGCCACACCUACCUCACAGGGCUGUUGUGAGGAUAAAAUGGAGAAGGGAGUGAUAUAAGCCAAUUUGGGUCAAGGUGAGGUACAAAUGAAUUAAAUAAUAAAUUAUGAUAUUUUAUAUGUUGCUUGUAAUUGUUGUUUUAUUACAUCGUAAGCAGCCUAGAGCUCUGCAAGGUACAGAAGUGGCUAAUAAAUGUUUUAAAUAGA